AUGAUUAUUGAUAAUGAUAUUGAGUUGAUAAGUAAAAACACUCUUAACUUUGCCAAUAUGAUUACUGCACUUGAGAUACUACUUACUAGGGAUGAUAAUACAUCGUUGAAAGAUAAAAUAUUAGAUCUAUUUAAUAGAAUAAUCACUUCUAACUAUCCUAAUCCAAUUAGAUUUAAUUUUAUAUUUAAUUUGAUCAUUAAGUUAUUUCCAAAUGAGGUAUGUAAUAUUGUAUUAAAUUACAAACUAGGAUAUCCACCUCUUUUAAACGCAUUAUAUAAGUUAUUCUACUGUGUUGAUAUGGAAUUGGCUAUUGAAUUGUGUAAUUUUAAAGCCUCAAGAUUAUUUAAGGAAUGUUAUUAUAACAAUUUAUAUCAUUUAUUGAUGCUUUACCCAAAUUUAAUUACUUCUAACAUUAGAAACAUCAUUAAUAGUGGAGAUUUAAAUUUGAUUAAGUUGAUUAUUAAUAUUGAUGAGACUAGAAGUGAUGAUUUAUUUGAGUUGUUGAAAUUCCUAUUUAGAAUUGAUUACAUGAGUGAUAAUAAUAAUGGUAUUCUAGGAAUAAAUAACUCAGAAAUCAGUAACAUGGUUAUGGAUAAGAAGAACUUCAUUAAUGCUAAAGACAUUCAAUUUAUAUUCAUAACAGUUAUUUUAUUUCAUUUUAAAUUUAAUGUUGAUGUAAUACAGUUAAUUAAGAAUUCAUCUGAUAUUUUUAGUAUCUUUAAAAAUGUACUGGAUGUGGCAUUAGGAUUAAUAAGUGAAGAACAAAAAGAGGAAUUAGUGAAAUUAUACUUUAAUAAUCAAUCAUUGUUGUCGUUUUACAUCGAGUCAAAAAUUAAUAUUGGAAACUUAAAUAUUAUCAAUUUUAGUAAUUAUUUUAUAAUAAGAAAUAGUUGUGCAGAAUACUUUGAUGAUGCUUUUAAACUUAAAUAUUUAGAAUCUUAUGAUGAUAUUGAAUAUUUCUUAGGGUAUGUUAAAAUACAUUCUAAAGUGAGGGAACUUAAACUUAUUUGUAAAUUGAUGAUACUUAAAGAGUAUAGAGCUGCUUAUUUUUUAUUAAGAACUACCCUACAAAAAAUUACUAAGAGAAGUGUAAGUUACUCGAAAAAUGAUAUGUUUUACUUUAAAAGAUUACAUUUUAUUUUAACUACCGAAUUAGGAAAAGGUAAUGAUCAAACUGAUACUGUGAUAAGGAGAACAAUUGAAUAUUAUGAUGACCUGUGGAAUGAGAGUAUAUACUUUUGUAAAAACAGUUCAGAUGUAAUUUUAGAUACUAAUGACUUACCAAUUAAGGAUAUGGGAAGAAGAACAUUUAAAAGUUUAGAAGGUUUUUAUGUAAUGCAUAACCCUUCUAUACUUAUGUGGCAGUUUAUGAAAGUCAAUCAAAUGAUAUUUGAAUAUUUUAAUGAUGUUUUUAAUAAGGAAAAUGGAAGUGAUGAUGUGAAUUACAAGAGGGUAUUUCUUAAGUACAUAUUCUCUGUGUUUAUAGAUAACUGUUCGUGUAUUAUAAAAAUGCCAAAGUCUAAAAUAUUCAACGAUCUUUUGUUCAAUUUAACAUUAGUUGGAGAAAUGAUUGAUAGUAUAAGUAUGUUUGAUGGUAGAAAUGCUGAAAUGUUAUUAAGUAUAACUAAAAUAUGGAAUAAUAGAUCACCUAUAGAUGAGUUUGUAUUCUUUAAUAAGUGGAGAAUGUUAAUAUUAGAAAAAAUUAUAAGUAUAGUAUCAGCUAAUGAUAAGAAGAGAGUAUUAGGAUUAAUUUGUAAGAAUAAGUUUAGUUAUACUAAAUACUUAAUGGAUAACGGUGAGUAUAAAAUGGCACAGUUGAUUCUUAAUGAUAUAAAUAAUUUGCCUACAAUAGAAUUAAAUCAAAAAAUGCGGAAGCUUAAUAGUGAAUUAGAGUGUUGUUAUAAUACAGGUGAGUAUCAACUGAUACCACAAAUAGUAGGUAGUAUAAAUAUUGGAAAGUUUAAAAAAACAGAUAGAGGGUUGUUUUACUUCUGGGUAUUUAAAGCUUAUAAAAUGAUGGAGAAAGAAAACAUACCAAUACCUAAUUCUAUAUUUAAACUACAUGGAUUAGACAGUGAAGGAUUAUUGAAAGUUUGUAGACCGUUUUAUUCAGCUGAUUCAUUUAAGGAUGAAGAUUUAAGUAAAUUGAAAAAACAAUAUCGUAAUAAUAUUGAAUCAAUUGAUAAAGAAAAUAGUAUAAAUCACCUUUAUUGUAAAAAAUUAAUUGAAAUAAUUGAAGACUUACCAAUUGAUAAAUCAACAAUGUAUGUUCUUGAAUUGAUAAAGAUUGAUCCAUUAGCAAUUCUAAAGAUAUCAGCUGAGAAGAUGUACUACUUUAAUAAUUUGAUUAAAAGUAAAAAGGUAACAGAAUUAGUUCAUAAAAAAUAUCCAUUUUUAGUAGAAACAUAUUUUAAAAUAUUUUCUGAUUUUAACAAUAGUAAUGAGUUGGUAUUUGAUAAACCAAUUGUACUGCCAGGUGAGUAUGAUAUAUUAAGGAAUGAUUAUACAAAUCUUAAGAGGGUAUUUAGCAUAGUAGAACGAUUAGAAAAUGACUUGUUUGUUAUUAGAUUAAAAGAUGGAUGUUUGUAUUACUGUGAUUAUACUGAGAAUUUUAAAAUAGUUAAGAAGAGAGAAUUGAUAAACACAGCUUUAUCAGAGAAAAGUGAAAUGUUAACAGAUCGGGUAAAUUCAUUAUCACAAAAUGAUAAUGUUAAAAGUAUUUUACAUGACAUUAAUAAGUUAAAGGAGUCAGUUAAUUGUAAAGAUGGUAGUCUGAGAAAAUGUAUUGAGCUAACUAAUACUAAAAUAGGUCUUGAUAUAAUCUUACCUAAGUUAAUUGGAGGUGUAUUUAUUUAUAAGUAUUAUGAUAAGAAAGUAGAUAGUAAUAUUAAAGGUUUAUUUACAAGCAUUUCUCCACUUUAUAGAACUUAUUAUACUCUUAAGAAAAACUUCAUUAAGUAUUACAGUAGCCAGUUAUUUUAUCAGUUAUUAACAGGUUCAUCAUUUGAGAACAUUUAUGUUAAUUUAGUGAAAGGUUAUUGUUAUUAUAAGAAUUUAGAUUCAGAAUCAACUAAUGUUACCAUUAAAGAUGAUAUAGUUAAUUUUAUUGAAUUAGAUGGACUAAAUGGACAUGUACUUAUGAUAUUGUAUAAUGCCUUUAAGUGGUUUAUUGAAUCAAGUGAUGCUAAGGAAAUAUUUUCAUACUUUUAUAAUUUAGAUGAUGUUAUGAAUAAGAUUGAAAAUAAUUUUAUUAAUUGUAAGAGAUUAAAUCAGUUAUUUACAGAGUUUAAUCUAUCUCAUUGUGAUUUGUGUAUUGGAAAGAGUAAGUUAUCUAAAGUACUCUGUUCUUGUAAAUUUGUUAAAGAUAAGGCAUUUGAAUAUGAUAAUCUAAUUAUGAACUUCAUUGAUUGUUUUAAGAUUGAAAGUUAUUUGAAUUCAUGUAUUAGAAGGAAUGAAUAA